CCGGCGCGGAGGAGGUCGUGCUGCAGCCCAUCCGGGAGAUCUCCGGCGCCGUGCAGCUGCCCGGCUCCAAGUCGCUCUCCAACCGGAUCCUUCUCCUCUCCGCCUUGUCCGAGGGAACAACGGUUGUGGAUAACCUGUUGAACAGCGAGGAUGUCCACUACAUGCUCGAGGCCCUGGACGCGCUUGGGCUCUCAGUGGAAGCAGACAAAGUUGCAAAAAGAGCUGUAGUCGUCGGCUGCGGCGGCAGGUUCCCGAUUGAAAAGGAUGCCAAGGAGGAAGUAAAGCUCUUCUUGGGCAACGCUGGAACUGCAAUGCGGCCAUUGACGGCAGCUGUAGUAGCUGCUGGUGGAAAUGCGACUUAUGUUCUUGAUGGAGUACCAAGAAUGAGGGAGCGUCCUAUCGGUGACUUAGUUGUCGGUUUGAAACAACUAGGUGCGAGUGUUGAUUGUUUCCUCGGCACUGACUGCCCACCUGUUCGUAUCAACGGCAUUGGAGGGCUACCUGGUGGCAAGGUUAGCUUCAUGAACUUCCAUGUUAUACGCUUUUGUUAA